CCGCGCCGGAGAGAGAGAGAGAGAGAGAGUUGGCCGCGCCGCGAACCCUAGCGACCGCCGUCCACCGCCGAUCCGCCACCCAUGGCGCUGCGGACCCUGGCGGCGAGGGUGCGGACUUCGGGCGCCGCGGUCCGCCUCCAGACGCCGGCCGUCGGCAUCUCCCCUCCGCCCGGCGGCCGCCCCAACCUCCACUCCGCCGCCGCCGCCACCCGCCGCCUCUCCCCUCCGGCCGGAGGCCGUCCCUGCCUCGCCCACAGCAGGAAGCUGGGAAGUUCUCCACGUGAAGAUGCUGCUCGGAAGAUGGUGCUUGAGACUGCUGCCACACUUGAACAUCUGGAGAAGAGUUACGAAACGUUCAAGGCACGCGUUGGAUUACUAGAGAAGGCAGCCACGUUUCUAAAGUGGUCGUGGGCUUGCAUUAUCCCUGUGCCUUUGGUUUACGCCAUUGCGCAGCAUUAUUAGGAUAAAGAGGAACUGGCCCUUGUGAUUUGAACCGGGUUAUUUAAUAUCUGUGGUCUUUAUCAUCAGCUGUACUCAUCACACUACUCAACUGUGUCAUGGUUAUGCUAAGUGCAUCAUCAAAAAUGCCACUCUAAAACGUUACUGUACCAUAUUGACAGCCAGAUUUGCCUGAUAUGUGCCCUUGCACCCACUUGUUAUCAA